GUGAAUUUUCCACGCCCUUCAACUUCCUCUUUUACAGUGGCAAUCCGCGAGUGGCAUCAUGAAGGCGUCAGGCACGCUUAAGGAGUACAAAGUGGUUGGGCGUCUGCUGCCCUCCACCAAGAACCCAAACCCUCCGCUGUACCGCAUGAGGAUCUUCGCCCCCAACCAUGUGGUGGCCAAGUCCCGCUUUUGGUACUUUGUCUCGCAGCUGAGGAAGAUGAAGAAGGCCUCUGGAGAAACUGUCUACUGUGGACUGGUGCAUGAGAAGACUCCACUGAAGGUGAAGAACUUCGGCAUCUGGCUGCGCUACGACUCUCGAAGCGGCACCCACAACAUGUACAGGGAGUACAGAGACCUGACCACAUCUGGGGCCGUGACCCAGUGCUACCGUGACAUGGGGGCCCGGCACCGCGCUCGAGCCCACGCCAUCCAGAUCAUGAAGGUGCAGGAGAUCCCUGCCAACAAGUGUCGCCGACCGGCCAUCAAGCAGUUCCACGACUCCAAGAUCAAGUUCCCCCUGCCCCACCGGGUGCUGCGCCGCCAGCACAAGCCACGCUUCACCACCAAGAGACCAAACACCUUCUUCUAAGGAUGAUGGUGAUGCUCUUUCCCAUGUGUUUCAGAAUAAAUGGAUUAAAAAAA